ACCGACCGGUGCGGACAGGAAGAGGCUCUGGGCUGGCACAUGUGUAUGGCGGCGAGGCGGGCUGGUACAUGGCGGGCUCUGUGGGACUGGAGUUGUGCGAACAGACGCUGGUGGUGCGGGGCGGCAGCCGAUUCCUGGCCACCUCCACAGCAAGCAGUGAUGAUGACAGCCUUUUCAUCUAUGACUGCAGUGCUGCAGAAAAGAAGUCACAAGAAAAUAAAGGGGAGGACGCGCCCUUGGACCAGGGGAGCGGUGCGAUUCUGGCGUCCACCUUCUCCAAGUCUGGCAGCUAUUUUGCUUUAACCGAUGACAGUAAGCGUCUGAUUCUUUUCCGUACAAAACCAUGGCAAUGUCUGAGUGUCAGGACCGUGGCAAGGAGGUGUACAGCCCUGACCUUCACAGCCUCGGAGGAGAAGGUCUUGGUGGCCGACAAGUCUGGAGACGUCUACUCCUUUUCAGUGCUGGAGCCACACAGGUGUGGCCGUCUAGAGCUGGGGCACCUGUCUAUGCUGUUAGAUGUGGCUGUGAGUCCUGACGACUGCUUCAUCCUCACUGCCGACCGGGACGAGAAGAUCCGAGUCAGCUGGGCGGCGGCGCCCCACAGCAUCGAGUCCUUCUGCUUGGGGCACACAGAGUUUGUGAGCCGCAUCUCCCUGGUGCCAACUCAGCCUGGGCUGCUUCUGUCCUCCUCUGGGGAUGGCACCCUGAGGCUCUGGGAGUACAGGAGCGGCCGCCAGCUGCACUGCUGUCACCUGGCCAGUCUGCAGGAGCUGGUGGACCCCCAGGCCCCCCAGAGGUUUGCCGCGUCCAGGAUUGCGUUCUGGUGCCAGGAGAACUGCGUGGCGCUCCUGUGCGACGGCACUCCUGUGGUCUACAUCUUCCAGCUGGAUGCCCACAGACAGCAGUUGGUGUACAGGCAGCAGCUGGCAUUCCAGCACCAAGUGUGGGACGUGGCUUUCGAGGAGACCCAGGGGCUGUGGGUGCUCCAGCACUGCCAGGAAGCCCCCCUGGUGCUCUAUAGGCCUGUGGGCGACCAGUGGCAGUCUGUUCCUGAGAGCGCCGUGUUAAAGAAAGUCUCUGGUGUUCUUCGUGGGAACUGGGCCAUGCUGGAAGGCUCUGCUGGCGCAGACGCCAGCUUCAGCAGUCUCUACAAGGCCACGUUCGACAACAUGACGUCCUACCUGAAGAAGAAAGAGGAGAGACUGCAGCAGCAGCUAGAGAAGAAGAAGCGGCGCCGGAGUCCCCCGCCUGGGCCCAACGGGCAUGCCAAGAAGAUGAGGCCGGGGGAGGCGACGUUGAGUUGCUGAUUGUGGCGAGGGAUACCAGUCCUAUCAGAUGAGGGUCCCACCCUUAUGACCUCAUGGAACCUUCCUUAUUUACCUCCUAAAAGCCCUGUCUCCAAAUGUAGUCAAUAUUUGAAUGUUGGGGCAUACAACUUGGUCCAUCGUGCCCAGCUGGGCCCUGCCACCCUGCCAUCCUAUGCUGGUCUGCCAUCCUGGCCCCUCCACCACCUGGACUCCGACACCUACUCCAGGCCUGUGAUGCUGCCCCUCCUGCUGCUGCUGCCCUUCACACCACUGGGACUCCACCAUCACCGUGCUCAGUCUAAUAGAUUUUAGACUAAAUUAUUAAGGAAGGGAAAGGAGGAGAGAGUGAGGAAGGAGAAGGAAGAGGAAUGGAAAAAGUUGAAAAUUUAUUAACUUUUUGAAUUUAGGUUUUACAUAUUUUAAAACGUUUACUUAGUGGCUCAUAGGUUCAAAGUUUGUUUGCCUUUCCUAAAAAAUUCUUCCUUUUACUACUAAGCCAGGACCCUCCUUAUCCCUAAUAAAGCUGUUUGUCUCAAAGUCACUUUUGUGUGAUAUCAAAAUUGUGACAACAGCUUUGCUUUAGUAUUUUCUUGGUAUAUUUUCCCCAACUCUUUUCUUAGUCCUUCUUUUUUUCAUUAUAUUUUAGGUAUGUCUCUUGUAAACAGCAGAUGGCUGGAUUUUUUUCUUUUACUUUAAGAAGUCUGUCUUUUAACUGACUAGAUUAUAUAUUUAUGUGAAAUAGAAUUCUAGUGUAUUUUGACUCAGUUUUCCCAACUUGUUUUGUGUUUUCUUUUUACUGCAUCCACUUUUCAACUGGCAUCAACCCCCUUCUUUUGGGUUGGUUGUGUUUUACCUGCCUCCUCCUCUUUUCCUCACCCCACUGGUUUGCAAGUUAUACAUUUGAUUUCUUUUCUUUCAGUGCCAUGCUCUGAUAAAAUAAAGGACAUUUAUUACAGAAAAAAACCCCAUAGUGCAACAACUACCUCUUCCUGGUGAUGAGUAAGCACUCAGUGACAUGGAGCCCGGAUUUGCUCUUAGAUAAGGAGGGAUAGAGACCCUCUGGAAGGGCUGUGGGGAUGCAGCAGUGGGGUGGCUAGGCUCAGCAUUGAGGAGCCCUCAUAACUCAUGCUCAUUCCCUGCACACAGUGAGGACUGUGGAAGCAUUUCUUCUGCUUCUCCUAAAGUGGGCCCUGGAAACCGAGCUGUGGCUGAUAGAUUGGCUUGUUGGGGGUAUCCAGGGAGUGCGUGGGAGAUGUGAACCAACAGACUUGAUGAUUGUUUCUCAAGCACAAUCUUCCUGGGGAAAAGAGAAUAAAGAGCUCAGACAGUGAGAUCCCAAUAAAAUGAAGAUGGGAAUUUAUUGUUGAGGAAAAUAACCUGCUAUAUUUGAAUGCUUGUCCUUUCCAAAACCCUUGUAGAAAUUGAUCCCCAAUGUAGAGAUUAAGUUUAAGAAGUGAUUGGGGCCAGGGGCAGUGUCUCACACCUGCAAUCCCAGCACUUUUGGAGGCCAAGGCCAGUGGAUCACCUGAGGUCAGGAGUUUGAGACCAGCAUGGCCAAUGUGGUGAAACCCCGUCUCUACUAAAAAUACAAAAAUUAGCUGGGCGUGGUGGCAGGUGCCUGUAAUCCCAGCUACUCGGGAGGUUGAGGCAGGAGAAUUGCUUGUACUUGGGAGGAGGAGGUUGUAGUGAGCCCGAGAUUGCGCCACUGCACUCCAGCUUGGGCGACAGAGCAAGACUCCGUCUCAAAAAAAAAAAAAAAAAAAAGUGGUUUUGUUCUGAGGGCUCUGCUCUCAUGAAUGCAUUAGUCCAUUAAUGGGUUAAUGGGUAAAUGAGUAACGGGUUAUCAUGGUGGUGGCAUUAGUGGCUUUAUAAGAGGAGAAAGAGAGACCUAGGCUAGCAUGCUUAGCCCCUCACAUGAUACUCUGUGCUGCAGAGAGUCCCCACCAGCCAGAAGGCCCUCAUCAGAUGUGGUGCCUUAACCUUAGAUUUCUUAGCCUCCAUAAUGGAAGAAAUAAAUUCCCUUUUUUUACAAAUGACCCAGCUUCAGGAAUUCUGUUAUAAGCAACAGAAAAUGGACAAAGACAAUAGCAUUAUUUAGUGAGAUAAAUUCACAGCAGUGUGUAGUAAAAUGAAUGUUUCUCCUUGGUGAUGGAAUCCUAAUUUUAGAAAAUUGUGUUUUGAAGUGUGAGGGGAAAUAUUGUGCCUUAUCCUCCUUCCUGUCAUGCAGUCAUAAUGGCUGGUGCUUCAGCAACCACUUUGGCCCAUAAGGUACUUCACAAAGGAUGGCAGAGCAGGAAAAUGGUUACUUAGUAAGCAGGUAUAGAAACUUCUUGUGUGCCAGGACUCGCCCUUAGUGUUUUAAAAAUAUUAACCCAUUUUGUCCUCAUAGCAACCACAUGAGGUAAUAAGGUCUACUGUUCUCAAGUCCAUCCCUAUAUUAGUCCUUUCUUGCAUUGCUAUAAAGAAAUAACUGAGGCAGGGCACCACAGUGGCUCACGUCCGUAGUGCUAGCACUUUGGGAGGCUGAGGUGGGUGGACUGCCUGAGUUCAGUUCAAGACAAGCCAGGGCAACAGGGUGAAACCCUGUCUCUACUAAAAUACAAAAAAUUAGCCGGGUGUGGUGGUGGGUGCCUGUAAUCCCAGCUACUUGGGUGGCUGAGACAGUAGAAUCGUUUGAACCCAGGAGGUGAAGCUUGCAGUGAACUCAGAUCACGCCAUUGCAUUCCAGCCUGGGCGACAGAGCGAGACUCCAUCUCAAAAAAGAAAAAAAAAAAAAUCCCCAAAACCCCAAAAAUUAGCUGGGUGUGAUGGUGUGCACCUGUAGUCCCAGCUACUCAGGAGGCUGAGGCAGGAGAAUCGCUUGAACCCAGGAGGCAGAGGUUGCAGUGAGCUGAGAUAGCACCAUUGAACUCCAGCCGGUGUCACAAGAGCAAAACUCUGUCUCAAAAAAAAAAUUAAAUAAUAGAUACUGCAUUAUUUGGGUAUUUUCCAAUAAAUAUAUAUUGUAGGAAAACAUUUUUGCUAAAAAAAACUGUGUCCUUUUUAGAAAAAGUGAACAAGUUUUGUCUAAUUCAAAAUUUAUUUAAAGGUUAUGUAUACAACAGGGUAAAAGGAAUCAGGAAAUAAAAACAGAGAUAAAGUUAUAAAAAUAAAGAGUUUUUUUGGUCAUAAGAAAGCUUAAAGAGAAUUUUAUAUGAGAAAUAAUUUUUUAUGGUAAAUAAAAAUAAAAUGACUGGUUGUUUAAGAAAGAGGAAUAUUCAGGACAAAACAGAAAGGCCAAGCAUGUCAUGAACAGUUGGUGUAAGUCACAAUAAGAGGAUGUAUAUAUAUUUAAAAAACCUGAAACUUUAAUAUGAUCAAGUUGUCAUAUUAAGUUUUGGUUUGCUUAGGAAAAAAAACUGGGAUAAAAAUUUUUUAAAUUAAGUUUAUUACAUCCACGUAUCUUCCUGUAUGUGCUUUUAAAGUCCUUGUGACACUGAAUUACAGGGCUUUGACUCCUGGGUCUAAAAAGGACACCUAGUCCUGCUAACUCUGAAACAUUGACAGCAAUUGAAGCCUCAUCUACAGGCCCGUAGAAGAUGCCAGUUAAAAUAAACUCAUUCCUGAGACACAGAGUAAAAAAUUAAAGCUGUUCAACUCCUCAAGGCCCAGAGACUAUUGUGGAAGAGGUGGGUGCAUGAGAUUGUAAGAGCCAAUUUUGAAAGAUAAAAUAAGUCCAAUUUAUCUAUAAAUUAAUCAUUAAUGUCAAAGGUACACUGAUGCAAGAUAAGCAUUUGGGCCCCUGUGUCAGAUUAACAAGGUUUUCUUGAAGCAUUAACUGGCUCUUUAAUAAAGGUUAUAAAGGGUAUAAAAGGCAUACAGAAACUAUAUCUUAUGAUCAAGAUUAAAAUUUUAUAGAUUGUUUAUAAAAUUUUGAACAACAAAUUUAAUUAGAUUCAUGCUGUUUUUAUUAGGGCUUGUUUGGAAAAUUAAGUCUCCUCUCAAAGAAUAAAGGUUUUCACCUUUUUUCUGAAAUCCUUGUUAUCACUUUGGUUAAGUGAAUGACUUAUUUUAUUUUUAUUGAAAUGGAGUCUUGCUCUGUCGCCCAGGCUGGAGUGCAGUGGUGCAAUCUCAGCUUACUGCAACCUCCACCUCCUGGGUUCGAGCGAUUCUCCUGCCUCAACCUCCGAGUAGCUGGGACUACAGGUGUCCACCACCACACCAAGCUACUUUCUGUAUUUUUGGUAGAGAUGGGGUUUCACCUUGUUGGCCAGGCUGGUCUUGAACUCCUGACCUUGGGUGAUCUGCCCACCUCAGCCUCCCAAAGUUCUGGGAUUACAGGCAUGAAAUACCAUGCCCAGCAUGAAUGACUUAUAAUGACCUGGGAUCCUACUUUGUGAUAUCAGGUGUCUUAAACCUUUCAUAUUUGACAAACUUUCCAAAAUCAAAUGGUAAAUUAUGUCUUUUUCUGACCUAAUUAAUCUUUUAAGAUAUUAGGUUCCCUAAAGCCCAAACAAUGACAUAAUUUGGCUUAUUUAGUACAAAAAUUAUACAGGAAGCAUUGUCAAAUAUGAAAUGGUGUUGGGUUUUCUUUGGGCUGUAUUUGUAUGUUAUUGGUAUGUGUUCCAAAAUUUUGGGAAACUCCUAUAAUUCUGAUAUAACUUAGUGUACAUUAUCAGAAAUAAUCAUAAUUGUUAUGUUAAAAUUAUUGUGUGCCAUAGAGGUAACAAGUUUCUUUGUCAAUUGUGUCUUUGACUAUGGCUGUCCUAAAAUUUUUUGUCAUUCAUGAACAAUUGUUGUCUUAUUUUGGUCCUAUUUAGAUGAUGGUUUUAUAAUCAGCUAUAAAACUAACAGGUGCUCUUGAAUGCAGGUUUCUGAUAACUUUGGAGAUUGUGACAUCAGAAUAGAAGAAAAGCUUUCAGGACUCAUGGAGAGCUAAAAUGUUCACGAGUAUCAGUCAGAACAGGAAUUACCUGUAUGGACUGAACUAAUCUUUUUGACUUUUUGCUUAAAAUGUUUGCUGAUCCUUUGUUUUGUUUUUCAGAGUCUUAAGACUUUUCUUUUAAACUAUUGACAGCUUUUAACAAUUUAGUAUACUUUUAACAAUUUGGUAUACUCAUUACAGAAAAUAAUGUUUUCAAAUUGUUUUCCUUCUUUUUUUCAAUUUUUUUCUAAUUUGGAGUCACUGAAAACUAAGCUGUGCUUUCUUAAAGCCCUGUGAACUGAAACCGGACAACUUAAACUUCAGAAGAAAAUAACAGCAACGUAUUUACAUACAUAAGCCACUUUCAUACCUGCCUACUGAUGUGUAGACUAAUGUGGCCUAUAUCAAUUUUUCAGGAUUGCUCUUUUGUUUGUUGUUGUUUUUCUCCCUUCCUCCCCCUAUUUUCUCUUCACAGGAUGUGAGACUUCACAACCUGCUGAAAAGGAGCUUUUGGGACCUACCCAUCUAGGAAUAAACUGUCCUAGCCAGAAGAAAUAAUAUAAAACCUAAGAUCAGAGAUUCAUUUUCUUCUAAACUGCUUUCUCCAAAAGAUUUUAAAGAAGAAAAGGGGGGAAAUGUGAAAGGAAAAUAUCUUGGGCCCCCAAAAUCCCCAAAAACUAAAAGGAAAAUUCAAGCUGGAAACUGCUCAGUGCAAACCUACCUUUCAUUGUAUUCAAAGUCACCCCUUUGCUCUCUGAAAUAGAUGCAUAUCUGAUUGCCUCCUUUGGAAAGGCUUAUCAGAAACUCAAAAUAAUGCAACCAUUUGUCUCUCACCUACCUGUGACAUGGAAGUGUUUGAAAUGCUUGCUCCCGGUGCCAUAAAGAAAUAGCACUUGGACAUAAAUUUAAUGUAUUUAGUAAGGCCAUUUUUACUUCCUGUGGAAAAGGUACACUCGCCAGUACACUGAACAAAGGAGACAGGGGUCAUUUAUAACCUGACGCAUCCACCCUACUGUUGUGUCCGGUUUCCAUUGGCUGGAACAGGACCUCACAUUCUGUAUUUGUCCCGAUUGGCUAGCAACUUAGAACUUUUUAAAAGAGGCAAAGGUAGAGGGGAACAAAGGAAGGAGGAAGUAACUUGUGGAAUGCUGAGAAAGGUAAAAAAACUUUUAAAUAAGGAAGAGGAACAGGCUAUGACCUAAUGCUUGCUUGGACCAGUGUAAGCAUGCCAGGGCAAAUAUUUAGGAGCAUAAGUCUUUGAAUAAAUUUUGCUUCUAAGACAAGUUACUAUUUAUUCCUAAUUAGAUGGGGAGGAAAGUCUUUGAAGAGGAACCUCUACUUUUACUUUUUACAGGUAAAAGCCUUUCCGGGUAGAACCAGUGUACUUCUUACAUAUAUUGAUUAAUGUCUUAUGUUUCCCUACAAUGUAUAAAACCAAGCUGUGCCCUGACCACCGUGGGCACAUGUCAUCAGGACUUCCUGAGGCUGUGUCACGGGCGUGUGUCCUUAACUUUGGCAAAUAAA